AUGCAAGCAGAAAGGGUGCAUCUGUGCUACGUCCUUCUGCUGCAGUCUGCGGCCGUGGCCGCUGUCAACUGGACAGCCAUCACUGGUGUACCGUCAGUACGCUGCUGCAAUCGCAUUCACGUUACUCAUCGGCUACGGCAGCAACAGCUCCACAACCCUCAUCGCUACUCCUGCGACAGCCAUCACAAGCACUUCGACCAUCUUCAUCACUAUCGUUGA